AUGGCGCUUCUAAUGGUGUUGGUUGCUCACGGCGAAAAGAAAGGAUCGUCUGGGUGGCUUGAAAUACCAAAGGCUAUAGCGUCGAUGCGAUCAAAUAAUGGGAAAGGCUCAAUGUGGGUGGCUCACAUCGACAUUCACUAUCAGAUUCGUACCUACAACAAGUUAACAAACUCCUCUCACCGUAGUCCCCAUCAUCACACUAUCCAUUCUUCAAUUCUCUCUCAUCACUUUCUCUCUCUAGCGGUUAUUCAGUUUCCUCCGAUUUCCAACUCCGCCAUGACCACCGCCACCAAGAAGGCCGCUCCGGCGAAGAAGCCGCUCUCCCACCCUCCCUUCGCCGAGAUGAUUACCGAAGCGAUUGCGAGUUUGAAGGAGAGAACCGGUUCAAGCCAGCACGCGAUUACCAAGUUCAUCGAAGGGAAGCACAAGGAGCUUCCACCGACGUUCCGCAAACUCAUCCUGCAUCAGCUCAAGAAGUCGGUUGCCGCCGGGAAGCUUGUUAAGGUGAAGAACUCCUUCAAGCUAGCACCGUCUCGACCUGCUCCGGCGAAAGCAGCUCCCGCCGCCGCUGCACCUGCAGCCAAGAAGCCCAAAGCUGCUGCUGCUGCUGCCAAGCCGAAGCCGAAGGCUAAGACAACAACUGCCAAGGCUGUUGCAAAGCCGAAGGCAAAAGCUGCUGCUGCUGUUGUGAAGAAGGCCUCUGCCGUGAAACCUAAGGCGGUGGCGGCUAAGCCGAAAGCGAAGGCUGCUGCGGUGGUGAAGGCUGUGAAGAAGGUUGCUGCGAAGCCGGCAAGGAAGGCGCCGGUGAAGGCAGUGAAGAAGCCUAAGAGCGUGAAAACGCCGGUGAAGAAAGCGAAGAAGUAGAGAUUAGGGUUUGUGUUUGAUUUGGAUUUGGUUGUUUAGCGCUGUUGAUUUCUGUUUUAUGAUUUACUAUAGAUUGAUAUAGUGGUAGGAGACUGGUUUGGGUGUAAAUUACUUUGGUAGAAUUUCUACAAGUUCUGUUGUAUUGGACAGAGUUCUGAAUGAAUCAAAUUAUCAUCUCAUGUCUUAUGAGAUUUCAAA